CUAGUGGAGCUUCUUCACUCAGAAUUAUGACUUCUCUUUAUUGAAUGAAGAGGAGCUCUCUACAUCACGAGAACACAUUCGAGAGAGAGAGAGAGAGAGACUUCUUCAGUAACAUUCUUGUUUCAUGUCCUAGGAAGAAAUAUCCACAAGAUUUAGACAUGGGUGGUUGCACAAGCAAGCAAGAGAGAAGAAGUAUGAGAAGUGUCAAGGAGACUUCAACUGAAAAAAGCAGAGAAAGAAGAAUCAUGAGAAGAGAGAUGGAUGAGAGAGAGAAACUGCUGUUUGAUCAGCUUAGAGAGGCAGAGAGAGAGUGGAGGAAAGAGAGGAAGAAGCUUAGAGAAGAAGUGAAGAGGCUAAGGAAGAAAGUGGAGGAGAGAGAGGAAGCAAAGGCAACAACAACAGAGGAGAGAGAGUAUUGGAAAUGGGUGAUUGAGGAGAUGUGUGUAGAGAGAGCUGUGAGAGAUGAAGCCGUUGAGAAAUGGAAACAACUCUACUUAGCUAUCAAGAAUGAGCUUGAUCACCUCAUCAUCCACACAACUUCUUCCUCUGGUGAGGCAAUAAUGCAAAGGACACUUGAGGAAGAAGAAGAAGAAGCAUAUAAGACAAUGGAAGAAUUGCGAGAUGAAGUUAGAGUUAAGGAAGGUACAAUAGAGACAUUAAAAGAGAAAAUAGCUUUGAUGGAUAGACAAAAGUAUGAGAAGGAAAGAGAGAUUGAUAUACUGAGACAGAGUCUGAGGAUUCUCGGAAGCAAGAAGAAUAAGAAGAAAGGAGCAUCAUUUGCAUCACUGAAUCUGCUGAUUUUGAAGACCAAAUGUGUAGAAUGUACAUAACACUUAAAAGUCAAAUAAAUAGUCUUCUACAACAGUGAUCAUAUCUCACUCAUCAGAGAAUCUGAUCCACAAUGUCAUAUUACUUCACUUUUUGUUUGUUUACCUUUUUUUAUAUUGGAAGUAGCAGCACUACGAGUUCGAAAAGCA